AAGUGCAACGCCUUUUAUCUUCCUCGCUUGUGAGCUACGAAACCUUAUAAUUUUUGCAUUUCAGAGAGAGAGAGAAGAAGAAGCACCAGACAGACAGACAGACGACCUUCUCUCCAAUUUCUCUCUCUCUCUCUAGAAUUAAUUGCAUCUCUCUCUCUCUCUCUAGAAUUAAUUGCAGCUGCAUCACUCAUGCCGAAGGAGAUUUUGAUGUCAUCUUCAACAAUCUAACACUAAGGACUCUGCUGUUUAAUUGUGGCUGUGAUUCGAGAGAGUCAGAUCUGAAGUGAAGAUCUCGGGAUCAGAGCGAAUAUGGCGACGACAAUGGCUUGGAGGGUUCCUACUUCCAACGGCAGCGGCCUUCCCCAUAACGACUUGGAGAGAAGCGGGGAAGGUAAACCUCAUGAUUCAGAGCCUCCAACUCCCCAUGCCCUCACGAAACUGAAUUCAAGAGAUAGGAGUAGCAUGGAGGACCCUGAUGGAACAUUAGCAAGUGUCGCCCAAUGCAUUGAGCAGUUGCGUCAGAGCUCAUCGUCGUCGCAAGAAAAAGAGAAUUCCUUGAGGCAGUUGCUCGACCUAAUUAAUACACGGGAAAAUGCUUUCGGUGCUGUUGGAUCCCAUUCUCAAGCAGUUCCAGUACUCGUGUCUCUUCUUCGGUCUGGAUCAAUAGGGAUAAAGAUACAGGCCGCUACUGUUUUAUGUUCUCUUUGCAAAGAGAAUGAAUUGCGGGUGAAAGUGUUACUUGGAGGCUGUAUUCCUCCACUACUUGGUCUUCUUAAAUCAAACACGGGUGAAGGCCAAAUUGCUGCAGCAAAGACAAUAUUCGCUGUUUCUCAAGGUGGUGCUAGGGAUCAUGUCGGCUCAAAAAUUUUCUCGACAGAAGGAGUUGUCCCCGUGUUAUGGCAACAACUAGAGAAGGGGCUUAAGGCUGGAAAUGUCGUUGAUGACUUGCUAACGGGAGCUUUGCGGAAUCUUUCUAGCAGCACCGAGGGAUUUUGGUCUGCAACAAUUAAAGCUGGAGGAGUCGACACACUUGUGAAAUUGCUUACAGCAGGCCAAUCAAAUACUCAAGCGAAUGUAUGCUUUCUCCUUGCAUGCAUGAUGAUGGAGGAUGCAUCUGUUUGUACGAAAGUCUUGGAUGCAGAAGCCACUAAAUUGCUCCUUAAGCUACUUGGACCUGGCAAUGAAGCUUCUGUAAGAGCAGAAGCGGCAGCAGCCCUUAAAUCUCUUUCGGCACAGUGCAAAGAAGCUAGGAAAGAGAUUGCUAAUGCCAAUGGUAUUCCUGUUCUCAUUAAUGCGACGAUAGCUCCUUCAAAAGAAUUCAUGCAAGGCGAGUUUGCUCAAGCUUUGCAAGAGAAUGCCAUGUGCGCGCUUGCAAACAUCUCCGGUGGUUUGUCGUUUGUCAUAGCUAGUCUUGGUCAAAGCCUUGAAUCCUGUGGCUCUCCUGCACAAGUAGCGGAUACAUUAGGAGCACUGGCGUCUGCCCUGAUGAUAUACGACAUCAAAGCAGAAAAUACGAGAGCAUCAGAUCCGAUGGAGGUGGAGAAGACAUUGGUGCAGCAGUUCAAACUUAAGGUACCGUUUUUGGUGCAAGAGCGUACGAUAGAAGCUCUUGCCAGUUUGUAUGGCAAUGCAGUACUGGCAAGCAAACUAGCGAAUUCUGAUGCAAAAAGACUGCUUGUUGGUUUGAUUACGAUGGCGGUUAAUGAAGUUCAAGAGGAGUUGAUAAGAUCCCUUCUCGUUCUCUGCAACAAUGAAGGUAGUUUGUGGCAAGCGCUUCAGGGCCGUGAAGGGAUUCAACUUUUGAUAUCUCUUCUUGGUCUUUCGUCGGAGCAGCAGCAGGAGUGUGCAGUUUCAUUACUUUGCCUUCUAUCCCAUGAAAACGAUGAAAGUAAAUGGGCUAUUACGGCUGCUGGUGGCAUUCCCCCGCUUGUUCAAAUUCUAGAAACGGGAUCUGCAAAAGCUAAAGAAGAUUCCGCAACAAUCCUUGGAAACCUCUGCAACCACAGUGAGGAUAUACGUGCCUGUGUUGAAAGCGCCGAUGCUGUUCCAGCUUUACUUUGGCUGCUAAAGAAUGGAAGUUCCAAUGGAAAAGAGAUUGCUGCCAAGACAUUAAAUCAUUUGAUUCACAAGUCAGAUACAGCAACAAUCAGCCAACUCACUGCGUUAUUGACGAGUGACCUCCCGGAAUCUAAAAUUUAUGUCUUGGACGCAUUAAAAAGUUUGCUCUCUGUGGCUGCUUUAAAUGAUAUGGUGCAUGAAGGCAGCGCAGCAAAUGAUGCCAUCGAGACAAUGAUAAAAAUCUUAAGCUCGACGAAAGAAGAGACUCAGGCGAAGUCUGCCCGAGCGCUGGCUGGAAUUUUUGAAAUCAGGAAGGACUUGCGUGAAACUAACAUUGCUGUCAAGACCCUUUGGUCUCUCAUGAAACUUUUAAAUGUUGAAUCUGAAAGCAUCUUAGUGGAAGCUUCCCAUUGCCUUGCAGCGAUCUUUCUCUCUAUUAAAGAGAACCAUGACGUGGCAGAGGUUGCUCGAGAUGCAUUGCCUUUGUUGGUGGUCCUUGCUAACUCUUCAAAAUUGCAAGUCGCUGAGGAAGCAGUUUGUGCUUUGGCAAAUCUCCUUUUAGACGGUGAGGCUUCAGCGAAAGCUGUAUCAGAAGAAAUUAUUUGUCCUGCAACUAGAGUUCUGCGUGAAGGCACAAACGUCGGAAAGAUCCAUGCAUCAGCUGCAAUUGCUCGGCUGCUCGGUUCUCGUCAGAUUGAUUCUACUCUAACUGACUGUUUAAAUUGUACCGGCACAGUGCUUGCUUUAGUUUCUUUCCUGGAAGGUGCCGACAGUAGAUCUGUUGCUACAUCAGAGGCUCUAGAUGCACUCGCUUUCCUAUCGAGGCCUGUCCCAGAUAUCGGGCAGAUGCAACCUGCUUGGGUAGUUCUUGCCGACAACCCUAGUAGCAUUGCCCCGAUUGUUUCGUGUAUUGCUGAUGCGACGCCACUAUUACAGGAUAAGGCCAUAGAAAUUUUAUCUCGGUUGUGCAAGGCUCAGGCCCUAGUUCUUGGGAACACAAUUGCCUGUGCCACUGGAUGUAUUUCAUCCAUUGCAAGAAGGGUAAUCAGUUCCUCAAAUGCAAGGGUUCAAAUUGGAGGAGCAGCACUUCUCGUUUGCGGUGCAAAAGUGAAUCAUCAAAGAGUAGUUGAAGAAUUAUACGAAUCCAAUUUGCGCGCUUCACUCGUCCAUUCUCUUGUUCGGAUGCUAAGUUCUACAGAGUCUUCUCAAGCUGGAGAUCAGGGCAACGAUUGACAUCAUAAGCAUCUCCAGGAUAAUGAUGAAACAAGUAACGGGGACUCAGAGAAAAGUACAUCAGUUAUUUGUGGUUUCAAUAUAGCCAUAUGGCUUCUUUCUACACUUGCUAGCCAUGACGACAAAACUAAACUCGAGAUAAUGGAGGCUGGUGCAAUUGAAGUUCUCACUGAGAAAAUUUCUCAAUCCUUUUCGCAGUAUGCACAGACUGAUUAUAAGGAGGAUGGCAGUAUAUGGAUUUGUGCAUUAUUGUUAGCAGUAUUGUUUCAAGAUAGAGAGAUCAUUCGUGCAAAUGCAACUAUGAAAUCAAUUCCGGUGCUUGCUAAUCUGUUGAGGACAGAGGACGCGUCAAACAGAUAUUUUGCCGCCCAAGCCGUGGCCAGUUUGGUCUGUAACGGUAGCAGGGGAACCCUUCUGUCUGCUGCAAAUUCAGGGGCACCAACAGGACUCAUUUCCUUGCUCGGAUGCGCCGAUGACGAUAUAAACGACCUUCUUGAAUUGUCAGAGGAGUUUGCUUUGGUUCGCUAUCCUGACCAAGUUGCUCUCGAGAGAUUCUUUAGGGUCGAUGACAUCAGAGCUGGUGCAACUUCUAGGAAAGCGAUACCAGCGCUCGUUGAUUUGCUUAAACCUAUUCCGGAUCGCCCAGGGGCACCUUUUCUUUCUCUGGGACUUCUAAUCCAGCUUGCUAACGAUUGUCCUUCUAAUCAAACUGUUAUGGUAGAGUCGGGGGCAUUGGAAGGGUUGACCAAAUAUCUAUCCCUGAGCCCACAAGAUGCAUUCGAGAAAGCUGCUACCGAUUUACUCGGCAUUCUGUUCAGCACAGCUGAGAUAAGGAGACACGAAUCUGCGUUUGGUGCUGUUAGUCAACUUGUAGCAGUUCUGCGUUUGGGUGGAAGAGCAGCAAGAUACAGUGCUGCUAAAGCCCUGGAAAAUUUGUUUUCUGCUGACCAUGUAAGGAACGCCGAAUCUUCCAGGCAAGCUGUUCAACCGUUGGUCGAGAUUCUGAAUACGGGGAUGGAGAAAGAGCAGCAUGCUGCUAUUGCUGCUUUGGUUAGGCUGCUGAGUGAGAAUCCCUCAAGAGCUCUCGCGGUUGCGGAUGUUGAGAUGAAUGCUGUUGAUGUGCUGUGCAGGAUUCUUUCGUCGAAUUACUCAAUGGAACUGAAGGGUGAUGCCGCCGAAUUGUGCUGCGUACUCUUUGGCAACACGAGAAUACGAUCUACUGUAGCAGCAGCCCGCUGUGUGGAGCCCUUAGUUUCUCUCCUUGUUACCGAAUACGGCCCAGCUCACCAGUCAGUUGUUCGCGCAUUGGAUAAGCUUCUAGACGAUGAACAGCUGGCAGAGCUUGUUGCUGCACAUGGUGCCGUGAUCCCUCUUGUGGGCCUUCUCUACGGUCGGAAUUAUUUGCUCCAUGAGGCUAUAUCUAGAGCUCUUGUUAAGUUGGGAAAAGACAGGCCUGCUUGUAAGAUGGAAAUGGUGAAAGCUGGAGUAGUUGAGAGCGUGCUCGAUAUACUCCACGAAGCUCCAGAUUUUCUCUCUGCGGCAUUUGCCGAAUUGCUCAGGAUACUCACGAAUAACGCGACCAUUGCAAAAGGUGCAUCGGCAGCGAAGGUGGUCGAGCCUUUCUUCAUGUUGCUGACGAGGUUAGAAUUCGGACCCGACGGACAGCACAGCGCAUUGCAGGUUCUCGUGAACAUUCUAGAGCACCCGCAGUGCCGUGCCGAUUAUACUCUCCCAUCUCAACAAUGUAUGGAGCCUCUCCUACCUUUACUCGACUCCCCUGCUUCGGCAGUGCAGCAAUUAGCUGCCGAGCUUUUGUCCCACCUGCUAUUGGAGGAUCAUCUUCAGACGGACCCUUUAACACAGCAGGUGAUUGGUCCACUCGUACGCAUUCUUGGUUCCGGCAUUCCUAUUUUGCAGUACAGAGCUGUGAGGGCACUCGUAAGUGUGGCAGCGACAUGGCCAAACGAAAUUGCAAAGGAGGGUGGUGUGAGUGAGCUAUCCAAAGUCAUACUUCAAUCCGAUCCUUUGCUCCCAAAUGCCCUGUGGGAGUCUGCUGCUUCUGUGUUAUCAAGUAUUCUGCAGUUUAGUUCUGAAUUCUAUUUGGAAGUACCUGUAGCAGUUUUGGUGAGGCUGCUUCACUCGGGCUCAGAGAGCACAGUAGUUGGUGCACUAAAUGCUCUUCUAGUGUUGGAGAGUGACGACUCGACCAGUGCCGAAGCAAUGGCUGAAAGUGGUGCAAUCGAGGCGCUUUUGGAUAUUCUUAGGGGCCAUCAGUGUGAGGAAACCGCCGCACGAUUACUCGAGGUUUUGCUGAACAAUGUUAAGAUCAGGGAUUCGAAAGUUACAAAAUCAGCGAUUGUACCCUUGUCACAGUACCUUUUGGAUCCCCAAACACAAGGCCAACAGGCGAGGUUACUAGCAACUCUCGCUCUUGGUGACCUCUUUCAGAACGAGGCUCUUGCUCGAACCGCUGACGCUGUGUCGGCAUGCCGAGCGCUGGUGAAUCUUCUAGAGGAUCAGCCUACGGAAGAGAUGAAAGUCGUGGCUAUAUGUGCCCUGCAGAAUCUUGUAAUGUACAGCAGGUCUAAUAAAAGGGCAGUUGCAGAAGCUGGUGGUGUUCAGGUGGUGCUCGAUCUGAUCGGGUCGGGUGACCCCGAGACAUCUGUACAGGCGGCGAUGUUUAUCAAACUUCUUUUUUCGAACGGUACCAUACAAGAAUAUGCUUCAAGUGAAACUGUCAGAGCUAUAACAGCUGCAAUUGAAAAAGACUUGUGGGCAAGUGGCACCGUAAACGAGGAGUAUUUGAAGGCCCUCAACUCGCUGUUUGGCAAUUUCCCACGUCUACGAGCCACCGAGCCCUCAACACUAAGUAUACCACAUUUAGUGACCUCUCUCAAGACUGGAUCAGAGGCUACACAAGAAGCUGCAUUGGAUGCGCUUUUUCUUCUCAGGCAGGCAUGGUCUGCAUGUCCGGCCGAAGUUUCUCGAGCACAAUCGAUCGCCGCUGCCGAUGCGAUUCCACUGUUGCAAUAUUUGAUCCAAUCGGGCCCACCUCGAUUUCAGGAGAAGGCGGAAUUUCUGCUGCAGUGUUUGCCCGGAACUCUUGUCGUGACGAUCAAGAAAGGGAGCAAUAUGAGGCAAUCCGUUGGGAACGCAAGUGUUUAUUGCAAACUCACCCUUGGAAAUACUCCUCCACGGCAAACUAAGGUUGUAUCAACUGGUCCCAAUCCAGACUGGGAGGAGAGCUUUUCGUGGUCAUUUGAAAGUCCUCCGAAGGGGCAGAAACUUCACAUUUCAUGCAAAAAUAAAAGCAAAAUGGGCAAGAGCUCGUUUGGGAAGGUGACAAUACAAAUCGAUCGUGUGGUGAUGUUAGGUGCAGUUGCUGGGGAGUAUACAUUACUUCCCGAAAGCAAAAGUGGACCUUCGAGGAAUCUGGAAAUAGAGUUUCAGUGGUCUAACAAGGAGAUAUCCUGCUAAAAGGUUUUCGAAACUCUUAAGCGCGAAUACGCUAUUUUUUACAGAUUUUUCUUUUUAAUCAAAUAUUUUUUUCUUAUAUAUAAUUCUUGAUUUUGUGUUGAGAUGUAUAUAGUUUUGGGCAAUCUGUUGUAAUUUGAGGUUUCAUUAUUCUUUUUUUUUUUUUUUUUUUUUGAGAAAUAUUUGGACUGAACAAAAUGAUGGGUUUAGCUUCCUUGUAGUUGUGUUGUAAUCACAUUUGUAUUAUUCAGAAUAAUUAAUCAUGGUUUUGAGCAUAUAUAUUAUUACAUAUUU